CUAUUCGAAGCAUACUAGUUACUUAAUUAUUCGUGAAGGAUAUAAAAGCCCGAAAUCAAUAUGUCAGGCAUCGAUACCAAAUUGUUACGUAAAUGAUGUAAUAAAUUUUCCCUUUACCAAAAUUGAUAUAAAUACAUCGUCAAUAGAUAAUUCCGUUAAGUUCUAUGACUUCAAUGGUCGCUUAAAUGCCACCUUAAAUAUUCGACCUGGACUUCAAGUAUAUGUGUGCGACUAUGCUAAUAACAACAAUGUCUCUUAUGAUUGGGCUCGGCAAUUCAGUGUGAUGACUGCUAUCUUUAUUUCUGUAUUGGAACUGCUUAAGGCUUUUCUCUUUAUUCAAGCACCAUGUUUACUUAAUGCUAAACAAUACA